AUGCUCGAGAAAAUACUCGCGAUCUUCGGUAAAUUUACCGCCUCUUUUCAAGUUCUCUCUGACCUGCACCUUGAGAUCAAUCAACAAUACCUAUCUUUCGAGAUUCCCGUACGCGCUAAACAUCUCAUCCUCGCCGGUGAUAUUGGGCGAUUAGUGGAUUACGACAACUAUCGCUGUUUCUUACAAAAGCAAACAGACCGAUUUCAGCUUGUCUUUCUGAUCCUCGGUAAUCAUGAGUUCUAUAAUGACACCUUUACUGCAGGAAUACAGAGGGCUAGGCAACUUGAGCAAGAACCUUCUUCAAAUGGGCGCCUCGUCCUCCUCCACCAGGGACGCUACGACAUACCAGGAUCCCAUAUUACUAUCCUUGGAUGUACGCUUUGGUCUAGUAUUCCAGACAAAGCAAAGGACGUUGUCGGGUCGAAGAUACAAGACUUCAAAAAAAAUCAAAACUGGACUGUUAACGAUCAUAAUGAAUCUCAUAAGGCAGACCUUACCUGGCUGCUGAGCGAAAUGAGGUCAAUACAAAGCAAAAGCAAGACACAGAAUAAAAAGCAAUCUAUACUAGUAGUGACACACCACGCCCCGUCCCUCCAGGGCACAUCCAGUCCGCAACACGCAGACAAACCCUGGAGCUCUGCCUUUGCAACUGAUAUACUCUCGCAGAUCUCAACAUUGAGUGGUGUCAAAGUUUGGGUUUUUGGGCACACACACUAUACCACGGAGUUUAUCAAUCAGGGAAUACGAGUCGUGGCAAAUCAACGGGGGUAUGUACUUCCGUGGACUGAUUCGAAGGGAUCAAAGGAUGAGUUCGACAUCGGGAAAGUUAUACGUGUAUGA